AGAGGACUCAGUCUGUUCGCUGGCAGGAGAAAUCAGCAGCAGGACAAUGGACACUAUCCUCCACCCCGGUUCAUAACAGGCUGCUUCUAUAAACUGGAAAACGAGGUGCAUCCAGCUGUUUUAUUGUGCCAACCCAAAUCUGGCAAAGUGACGGGUUGAAUUUGAGCAGAAAGGACCAAGGAGGUUAAUUAUCUUGUUGAUUUAACGUAGCUCCGUUGCUACGUUCAAGGAGGUGAAUGUCAAACAGCUCCAGGAUGCUGCCGCCCUCAUUCCUACCAAGCUGCUGUUCACUAAGGGGCAUCUGACUCACCAAACAUGAUGAAGACUGAGCCCCCGUCGGCCACGGGGGGCAACGGGACCUCCGGUGGCAGCGGUGGGAGCUCCAACCUGCGCAGCCCAUCGCCCCAUCGCAACGCCUACGAGGCGGGACUGGCGGCGCUGAAGAAGGCCACAGACCACCUCAACAAUGCCGCCAACGGAGGCGCCGACCCCACCUCGAAGCCUGCUCCCCUGCCCCGCCCCACCGGGAGGGGCCGGAGAUACGGGUCAAACGUUCACCGCAUCAAGAACAUGUUCAUGCAGAUGCAGUCCCCUGGUGAUGAGGAGGAAGGAGCCAAAAUGAUUGGUAAGGAUCAGGCGGUUAAACUGUCCCUGCCGAGGGCAUCCAGCCUCAACGAGAACGUCGACCACAGCGCCCUCCUGAAACUUGGGGGCACCGUCUCAGAGAGGGUCAACCGUUUUGACAGCAAAGGAGGCGGAGGGGAGGGCGGUGGUUUCUCCAAGCUCCAGGAGACCAGGAGGAUCUUUGAACAGCGUACUCUACAGGAGAAGCAAGCCGCCACGAACCGCAUCUUGCUAAAGAAGGAGCGGGCGUCGGGUUUCCAGGACAGCCGUCUCGACGUUGUGGCUCGUUUUAAUGGUUCCACCGAAGCUCUGGACCGGCUGGACGACCCCCCAGCUCCCACUCCUGCUACCAUUCCCGCUCCUCCUACCAUUCCUGCUCCUGCUACCAUUCCCGCCACCAUUCCCGCCCCUGCUACCAUUCCUGCCCAGGCUACCAUUCCCGUCGCUGCAGCGUCUGUUGGGCCCGGUGAAGCCGUGAGCCCGACCGUGAGUCAGCUCAGUGCUGCGUUUGAGAAAGGCGACCUACAAAACAACCUCUACCUCCCCCCACGACGGUCGGCUCCUGCCUUGGCGCCAAAGCCCAAACCUCCAGCCAGAGUGGACGCUGCAGAGAAAAAGACGAAGGUGCUCCCCCAAGGUAAGGAGCACAAGGAAGAGAUAACGAGCACCCAGUCGGCCGCACUAACCGAAUCGUCGGGUUCUCUGCAGAGCAGCAUAGAGGGAUUGGUGGCAAAUGAGGAGAAGGAAGGUUUGGCACAGUCAGGAGACCAGCUCUCCAUCUCCUCUUACUCCUCAUCAUCCUCAGUGACUGUCACUUCCUCGUCUUCCUCGUCAGAUGCCAAACCAGAUUCGGAGGCCAAGCCGGCACCGACUGAAGCCGCCCCCGGUCCGGAGCCCGAGGUCGGGGCUGGGGCGCCUGAGUCUGGAGGCAGGCGGGUCCAGGCUGAGGUUCAUGCCUCGCUGGAAAAUGGAGAGAAAGAACCUCCAUCUUCCUCCCCGUCCUCAGAGGAGAAAGGGGAAGACUCUGAGGAGAGGGGCAAAGAAAUGGAGGAUGAGGAGGAUGGCUCGAGGAGGGAGGAUUACUCGGAGGGGGAUCUGGUGGAUAUUAGUGCGUACAGCGGGAUAGGCGAGGAGGACUCUGGGGGGAGUCAGCUGGAGGACGAUGAGGAGGAGGAUGAAGAAGACGAGGAGCCGUAUCAGCCGGAGAGCAGUUGCUCCGAGAUGCCAGGCUUGCCCGCUGAAGAGGAGCCUCCGCCCCCCAGUAGGGCGAUUCGCUUCAGUACAGAUCCAAUCAAGGUCUUCACCACCUACUCGAACGAGGACUACGACCGGCGCAACGACGACGUGGACCCCAUGGCGGCCUCGGCCGAGUACGAGCUGGAGAAGAGGGUGGAGAAGCUGGACCUGUUUCCCGUGGAGCUGGAGAAAGACAACGACGGCCUGGGCAUCAGUAUCAUCGGUAUGGGAGCAGGAGCCGAUAUGGGCCUGGAGAAACUGGGCAUCUUCGUUAAGACGGUGACCGAGGGCGGAGCUGCACAGAGAGACGGCAGGAUCCUGGUGAACGAUCUGAUCGUGGAGGUUGAUGGGACCAGCUUAGUCGGCGUCACUCAGACCUUUGCUGCUUCCGUCCUCCGUAAUACCACCGGCACAGUCAGGUUUGUGAUCGGCCGGGAGAAGCCGGGGGAGCAGAGUGAAGUGGCUCAGCUGAUCCAGCAGACACUGGAGCAGGAGAGGUGGCAGAGGGAGAUGAUGGAGCAGAGAUACAAACAGUACAUGGACGAGGACGAAGAGACGGGUGAAUACGCAACCGACGAGGAGGAGGAGAUGAGUCCAAUGUUCCCCAACUCUAUCGAGGUGUUUGACCUGGCGGAGAACCAGGACAUGUUGUCUCCGGUGGAGCUGGACCCCGAGAAGCUGGCCCACAAGUUCAAGGAGCUCCAGAUUAAACAUGCGGUAACCCAGGCUGAGAUCCAGCUGCUGAAGAGGAAGCUGGCUCAUGCGGAGCAGGAUAAGUUGCGUUGGCGGAUGGAGCGUGCUCAGUUGGAGCAAAACAUCCGGGACAGCAAAGAACGGAUGGAAAAACUAGAGGGCUACUGGAUGGAGGCUCAGUCCCUGUGUAAGGCUGUCGAUGAACACCUGAAAGAAACCCAGGCUCAGUACCAAACUCUGGAGAGGAAGUACAGCAAAGCCAAGAGGCUGAUUAAAGAAUACCAGCAGAAGGAGAUAGAGUACCUGAAGAAGGAGACGGCUCAGCGUCGAGCGCAAGAAGAGAGCGAGGCAACACACAAAGAGGAGACGGACAACCUGCAGGAAAAGAUUACAGACUUGGAGACCAAAGUGGAUGCCUUGAAGACCCCCACACCGUCCUAGACUGCUGCUACUUCCUACCUCCUGUCUGUGACUGGAAGAGGAGGAGCUCUGCCUUCAUCCCGACCGGAGCUGUAUUUUAUUCCAACCAACCAUUCACUGCACGGAGAGGUAGAGGAGGGGGAAAAAAACAACAACCACAAGGAUGACAGUUGUAAAAAAAAGAGGCGAGUGGCAUACAGAGACAAAAGACCUCUCAUCUGAACAUUGGCUUAGUGAUCCGUCGGUAGAUAACCAAUCCCAGAAUGCACCUUCUGUAAUACCCAGAAUCCUCCUCUUGUGUCUUCCUGGCAACCGACUCAGCAAUCAACACAGAAACCACAUUCAACAGCUCAAUUUAUGGAUGAUCUAUUUCCUCCUCUCCUCAUUACCAGGUUCUAAAGAUGAUUGAAAUUUCUUUUAAAGACGCGCUUUUAAUAACCAGGCUCGUCACAAAGUGCUUUAUAGAGUGACAGACGGGAUAAAACAGGACAAGGGACAAACGAUUGUCGGUCUACGACUUUUAAAAUCGGGUGGUUGCUUAACCGUCUGUUUUUUUUUUAUUAUUAUUUUAUUUUAUGGGGAGAGACUUGACGGGAUCCCUUCGAAGAGGAUGUUUCCUCUAAGGCAACGGGGAGAAGGGCCGCAUCAGUUCACGAGACUCAAAUUAAGAAGUGGGACCUCUGGAGUAACACACAACCCAGCCGGAAAGCCGAUGAUAUCUAAGUAAUAAACAACAACAAACAAAACUGUGAAACAAGAUGUCCGACAAAUUUCUGAUCAACAACUGUGAAGUUACAGGAAGCCCCAGAAAGGAAACCCGCCCACCCCCCACCACCCCCGCUCCCCUCCAGCCUUUGGUUUCUCUUUUCCAGCCUAACUCUCUGAAAGAAGCGCGCAUUUCAGGUCUGAACCGUCGUGGGCGUAAUGUUUGUAUAUAUUCUAUACAUUUAUUUAAAAAUGGCUUAAGCAAUUAAGUGGAUCGGGUGUGAGAGAGUAAGGCAAGUGGACGAUCCACUAGUCCUCGGUCUGUUCCAUCUCUUUUUUUUGUGUCGGCAUAAAAUUAUGGCAAACAGGGUGUGAAUAGUCUAAUAUGUGCUUAUAGAGCUUCUAAUGGUGUAUAUUGGUUGGUGUUUACUACAGUAUCUUUGGGUUUACAUGCACACCAACCUCCUGUUAUUCAGGUUAGUCACUAUGAUCUUAAAUUGGUGUCGGUAAAUAAUGCUUUCUGGUUCUGGAAAUGUUCUCUCAUGGCAAAAUCGGGAUAUGUUAGCUGGAAUGUGCUGAUAUCCCGAGUGUGCUUCGUGUGCAGCUCAGGCUAUAUGAGAAUAAUCAGUUACUUCUAAUAAUCAGAAUAUCUAUGACGCGCUCAAAUAUGUCUUGGAGUUAAUAAUCAGCGGGUGCUACUAUAGUGCCAAAAAUUCCCAAUCAAAUUUUAGAGAAUCCACAUUUAAAAGUCCAAUAAAAAUAUUUUUGAUGAUUAAAUUAAUUAUAUAAAUUAAUUACUUGCGCAGAUGCAUCAUAAAAGGGAGAAAGAAAUAUCUAGGUAGUGGAGAAUUGUAUUAGUGUGUAUUGAACAAAAGUAAAAUUGCUAAUCGUCAGCAAACUGUCGAAUGGCAAUGACCGCAAACAUAUGUUGAGUUCUUCAGCUUCUACCAGUAAAAGCGACCAAAAGAAGCAACAAUUCAUUUUUUUUACUAAAUAGGUAGAGUAGCUAUUAGGGUCUGGUUUAAUAAAUUGGUGUUGGGCAGGAGUUUAUGAUUAAGAAAUCAAAUGUCAGGCUGAGCUAUCGAAGCAUAUUUUAAGAUUUCAGAUUGUGAAUUGAGUGGCGGUGAAUGGGCCUGCCAAUUUGUUAGCCAUGCUGUGUAGCUAUAGGUUAGCUAGUUAGCCUGGUAGUUCCAGUUCAAGACAUGCUUGCUAGUACAGUAGCUGUCAGUAUAUUCUAAUAUAGCCUCCUGGCUUUCCAAAACCAUUUCCAUUUCCAGUUCAGCUUUGUAUUAAUAUUUCAAUCAGUCUUUGUCGUUUCUCAUUUAGCUAGCGCCGCCUUUCUAUGCUACCAUACCAGUUUAGCUCCUGACAUAUGAGUGCAAUGAGAUAAGAGCUGCAGUGUUAUUCAGAGGACUGUGUACAUCUAAACACACUCUACAUCAGUUACAGGAGGAAAAGGUCCUGGUGCCAGUAUUACGCCUACAGACGGUGAACUCAAGUUAGUGAUACGUGCCAGAUAUAGUCCAAAUAUUGGGUUGAAUACAAAAGUGUUGCUGUGGUCGUUAAAUGUCUUACAAUUUUCACUAUUUUUUUUUCUGUUUUUUUUUCCUGGAUCCAAACUCUUGAGUUUGUGACAGGGGAAAUAAAGUUGACAAAAUGCUUGGAGCUAGGUAACCAUUGGAGGCUAACGUUUAGCAAGCUAACGAGUGGGAAACUUAACAUAUUACAGUAUUCGAACUCACCAAUCACCUGUGCCAUUUUUGAAAAUUUAGGCAAACAACUUGAACGUGAUCUUUAAUUGUCUGUUCAUAUGGACUGUCAUCAAAGCAACCAAUUUGAUUGCAGUAUUAAUAUCUAAACCAUCCACAUUAUAGAUUUCUUUUUAUAAUUAAAAUCUAAUUAUUUUACAAGUGGAGACUAAAUGGAAAAGUGUUGAACCUGUCCCACUGUGGUCACAGUACAGUCUAAAUGUAUUGAGUCUCAUGUGAAAAUCUUCCUGUGGACACUGAGGAUUGUUUGGUUUGCCAGAUAUUUGUAUUUAUAUGGACAGCAAAAUGGUGCUUUAGAAAACAGUGUUCAAAAUUACCAACAGGCAGAUUACGUAUUGUUCAGUUGUUAUUCAUUGCAGCAGUUAUUAUUACAAGGUCAUAUUUUGUGUUUACGGAGACAGUGCAGCUUGCUGGCAAGCUUUGAUCAAGUCCCAUUACUUGACAAUACUGUGUGUACAGUAGAAGCCAAAAAUCUAAUUAGGCUACUUAAAAUAAAUAAUCAAUGCAACCAUUUUUAAAUUAGACUUUGCUUACCUCCAACUUUGUGCUUUAAUAGUAGAUAAAAUGCAGGUUUGUUAUCACACUUCACCUAAAAAAACAAAACAAAAAAAAAACAACUGUGUCAUAUAAUUUGUGCUAUUUGUUAGCGAAGCUAGCACCCUGGUUCCCACAGGAUGAGUUGCUCACCUUCCCUCUAGCACCACCAGCAGGAUAUCCAAAUUUGAUUGAUUGUUCAUUGCCUUGGUUCUAUAAUGAGCUAAUGUUAGCAUGCUAACUUAUCAAAUUUCAGCAAAUUGGUAUGUGGUGAUCUUUAAAACUUGGAAACAUUAGCAAGAUUAUGACUGUGAGCAUGCUAGCAUGCUAAUGUGUUAAAUUAACGUGAGGGACGUGGAAAACUUAGAAAAGCAGCACGUCAGCUUUAGGAUUGGAUUCAUCCCAACGUCUUUGAAGGCAUACAUCAGCAAUUCAGUAUGUGUAGUGAGCAUCUUAGCAUGCUAACAUUUUAGAUUCAUGUGAAGAACAUGUUAAACUUUGAAGCCCAAAAAUAUCAGCAGGUUUAUAUCAGGAUUGUGGGCAAAAUAGCAUGCUAACAUUAGCUUUUAACACAAAGCACUACUGUGCCUAAAUAGUUUUUAAUUUCCCUUAGUAGGUUUAAACUUUUUUGUGCUUAAUGUCUUGCAAACCCAAAAUCAUUGUCUCAGUUAUGUGGAUGAAGCAGUUCUGCUCGUCUCAAAGAUUAAUUGUUGCACUUAUUUAGUGUAUUGCUAGGUGAAAUCAUGUUUGCGUAGACUAUUCUGCAACUUCCAUCAAUCUCAGUCUGGCUGUAUGCUUCGCAAUCACUCCAAUGACAAGUAUCGCUACCGUGUGUUUGAAUUGAGGCGGAUCUGAAUGUGUUCUCCUCCUAUCACCUACAGGAGAUUCUGUAGUAUUUGUAAAUCCACAAAGGUUUUUCAGUGACGUGUGAGAGCAGCAGCGUUUGUGUACAACUCAAUCCAGCUGACAAUAUUAUCUGACUCCAAACUCUCAGUAUAUAUGUUCAUGUUUUCAUGUAAGAUUUAUUCUUUUUUUUUUUUUUUUUGUAUUUCUUCAAACCUUGCAGUAUGUAUGUAGUUUUAUUGGAUGUAAACAAAGGUCUUUGAGAGCAUUUUUACAGGAAUGAAAAUCAGCCAUAAGAAACUCACUUGAGUAUUUUUAUUUCUUAAGUAUUUUUUAUUACAGCUUCAUCUCGACGUCAAAACAAUGUGAGCUGCGCGUUAGCUGUCGAAUCACCAAAUCAAAUCCUGGUCACUUGUGAUUUAACGUUCAAAACAAGUGAUCAAUUUGCCUUUUUAUGACUUAUGAGUUAACAUGCUGCUUUUUGCCUCGACAAAGCCUUCAGAUGUUUGCUCAGUGUAGUAGCUGACUGUCAGGUGUUGCCCAUCAUGUCCGCCCAUCGCUCGUAUCUGCAUUAAAAAAAGAAAGAAAAAGGUGUUGUUGUGUUUAAAGAGUGUUUGCCAGUGAUUACAGACAAACAGCCACGUUUGGUUGCUGAUAUACAUAUUGCAUAUGCUUCAUUUCUCUGCUUGAGAACCAUGUUCGCACUAGAAAGAGACUUUGCUAGUCCAGGUGAAUGGUUCAGUGCCUUGCUUAGGGGUUAAGAAUAAUCGUUGAGUGUAUGUGUGGACGUCACUAAUACGUUUGCAUCAUUUUUUACAGUUUAGUUCAUAAACAUACUAGUUAACUAAUUCACGUUUUCUCCCUAAGCCUGGGUGUAUUUAUUUUUGCCGAUAAACAUAAUAAUAAGAAACAAUUAAUAACUGAUACUCUGAUUGGUCAUCUGUCCGCCAAUCAAAUCCAGACUUCCUAUGUUACUGUUGCUAGGGUACGUCCACCCAUCAAACAGGAAGACGUGUUGUAGUGGGCGGGGCGUAGCGGGAGGCUAAACAAACCACGUUUAAUUAACUGGCUAGCAGUUAAGGGUCACUCCCCCGGGAGUAUCACGUGAAAUAGUUAGAGAAAAACAUGAUGUGUGAGCUGAAGGUCUGGUUAGCUAGCGGCAUGGCCGAAAAACAAACCUGUAUCAGGCUUGGAACAAAACAAACAGCUACAUCUGGGAAGUUAACUGCGCUAGCAGGCUGGGUAAGUAACAUGCAUAUUAUUUGUCAGCCAUAAAGAUAAUUACAUGUGCGAUCGUUACGUAGCUAACGAAUACGCUACUGGUGGCUGUUACGCAGGCUAAUGGAUAAAAAUGUCGUUAGUUGGUUAACGUUCGAGUGGGUGCUAGCAAAUGCUAUUUUGUGAGUGGAGCAGUUUUGAUGCUGCCUUGGCUCAAUCCUUUCGUCUUGUGGAGUUUAAUCACAGGUUUGAUUCCCAGUGGCAGCUGGUGUGCGGUACAGUUUCAGUUUUGCGCUAUUAAUGGCAUUGCUCUGGCAUCCAACAAGAUGAUGAUGUUAGCCACUGUGGGUUUUUUUUUUUUUUUUGCAGCUAACCGCCGUUAACGUGGGCCGUGAAAGUCUUGCCUAGCAACAAAAACAGGAAGUAGGGACCUGACAACGGGUUGCAGCCCCUAGCAACCAGGGCUGAAUUGACUCAGAGGCUGUUGUGGGCCUUAAACAUGCUUUUAACAAAGAAGUAAUUCACUGCAAAUCAAUAAGUUCAACACCAGCAGUAAAAUCUGCUGCUGAAAGCUACUAAUUGGGUAAAUGAUAAUGGUGAUUCAGGAUAGUUACCUUUCUUUCAAACAGGUUGCUUCAGGAUAAUGAAUCUAACCCCCACAAAAAAAAAAGCACGUUGAGGUUGUAGGAAGUAGCCUGCAACUUCUUGAAACAUGAACCAUUUUUGAAAAAACAAUGGAAAGCUAAACUGGCAAAUUCCACCCUGCAACCACUGGUAAACUAUCUUUAAACACACAACCACAGCCUAUAGAGUCACCAUGUGAAAGGAGAAACAAACAAAAGCUAUGAAAUGUGGGAUUGAUAAAAUACUUUUUUUUUUUUUUGCUGGUAUUUUGCAUUGUUGUGUUUAGCUCCUUUUUUUUUUUUUUUUUUUAUUAUAAAAAAAAGCCCUCUUCUUCAAAUUAAGACAUAAGAAAUGUGGCGUGCUGGAUGAAUGGCCCCGGAUGGAGCCAUGCCAAAAAACAAUCUGACAAGAGUGUCUCAGGCCUGAAACAAGACUUCCUUCUCUUCUGCCUGGUUCUGUCCUCCGGUCAAUACCGCCAUGUCUGUUGGAACCGAUUCCUGUCUGUCACCAUUAAUAAAUAAACAUGAAAUAUGUUCAAGAAGAA